AUGCGGCACCAAGCUCCUUCAAUAUACCAAUCGCCAAAAUGCUUCGUCACGUACGGCACCAUGGGGCACGUCGACCCCAAGCAGCCCCCGAGCAAAGGCAAGCCGUGGACGGCCAUUUCAGAGCUCGACUUUGUCCACAAGGUUGACUUGGUUAUCCCUCAGGACAUAUGCGAUACCAUUGUCCAGAAGAUGGCUGAGCGUGAGGCGCCGGUCUAUUACAGAGUCAUCAUGACACUGGGCCAGGUGCUGGAGACAAAGUUCCUCACUCAGUACAUCAAACUAGGCAUGCUGGACCUCUACCUCGAUAGGGAGACGUAUGAACGCGCUGGCCUUGAGGGGAAACCCUACGGAAACAAGGGCAAUAGAGGCUCCAAGCCUAGGUGGAAAGUAUCAUACAACCUUAGGGAAGAGUCGAUGCUGCACGGCAGGAAAAAGUUUGACAGAUUGGCCUAUGCAUGCAAGCAGGUGCUGAACAAGCCCAUGACAUGGCUUGUCUGCAACGCCUCCAGCUCUGAUCUGCUGCAGAGCCUCAACGCGACGGAAAGAACGUCGUCGCCAAGGCUCUCCACAGAUACCGGAAUCAACCAGAUUCCCCUCAACAUACAACCCACCAUCCUCGCACAGGGAGACCGCGAGGCCCUCGAAUACUCCGCGACGGAAAUCUACGAGUGGCUGUCCCUUGUCCGACUGGAAAGCCCUCGCGUCGUGGCGGGAGACAACAUCGACCCCUAUCUCUCACGAUAUGCACCGCCCGAAGCCGACGGCGAGGUGGCCCAGUCCCCAGUCUGUAAGCUGAGUUGGCAAGGUUUCUUCUCCUCGAGCUGGCUACGAAGCCUGUUCAUCGACAUCAUCACCAGCUGCCCGUCGCAGUCGUGGUUCGCGCUUAGCAGCACCACGUUCUCUCGCAAUAUCCUUGGCGGGUGCAACGAGCUCACUUUCCUACGGCCGCCCGAGCGCUCAGGAGAGUUUCUCCUGUGGGAGAUCAAGAGUCAAGACUGA